CGACUGUUACGAUUCUACGCUUUACCUUUGACUACAAGGAAAACAAAAAGCUGCCCUCUAUCAGAGUGAGUCGAUGCAAAUUGGGGCUUAGGGCGAAGAAAAGAAAUUCAUGAAGAACAACAACAACGAUAAUCUUGGGGAUAAGGGUCGGACCUUACCGGUGGAUCCGAACCUUCCGAGAUGGGUCUGCCAGAACUGUCGUGGCAGCCUCUGCAUCGUCGGCGUCGACUCUUACGCCGACAAAUUCUUGAAUACCGAUUCCUCUUUCUCCUCCGCCUCUCGCUCCGGUGUGCAGGGUUAUUCAGUCCAUGGGGCUAUUAGUGUGUUAGGUUCAACACGUAUGGACCAUUCUUUUGUUGUGUUGCCAAAGCAAAGAAAUCAGCCACCAGGAGUCCCUCCUCGGCCUCGUGGUGGAGGUAUUCCCCUGGACACAAAUCAGCCUGGGAAGACAAUGGAAGAAUCAUUUGUGGUGUUGCCUCCACCUGCAGCUUCUGUAUACAAUUGCGAAUUUACAUCCGAUGGAGGUGGAACCCAAUUUCAGUCACCUGAGGGUGGACCUACUUGUGCUCCUUUGCAGCCAAACAAUUCCGGUUUUCAUUCCACCAUUACUGUCCUGAAGCGUGCAUUUGAUAUUGCAACUGCCCAGACACAGGUUGAGCAACCCUUGUGCCUUGAGUGCAUGAGGGUGUUAUCUGACAAACUUGAUAAGGAGGUUGAAGACGUAAGUAGGGACAUAAAAGCAUAUGAAGACUGCCUUCAACGGAUGGAGGGGGAAACACGAAGUGUCCUUAGCGAGGCUGAUUUCCUCAAAGAAAAAAUAACGAUAGAAGAAGAAGAACGGAAACUUGAAGCAGCAAUUGAGGAAACAGAGAAACAAUGUGUGGAAGUAACUGCUGAAUUGAAGGAACUGGAGUUGAAAUCUAGUCGAUUUACAGAGCUGGAGGAGCGGUAUUGGCAUGAAUUCAAUAAUUUUCAGUUUCAAUUAAUUUCGCAUCAGGAAGAGAGGGAUGCAAUUUUGGCAAAAAUUGAAGUUUCACAGGCACAUUUAGAGUUGUUGAAGCGGACCAAUGUGCUCAAUGAUGCUUUCCCCAUCUGGUAUGAUGGAGAAUUUGGAACAAUUAACAACUUUCGGCUGGGAAGACUUCCAAAAAUUCCGGUUGAGUGGGACGAGAUAAAUGCUGCAUGGGGCCAAGCUUGCUUUCUUCUCCAUACAAUGGCUCAAUAUUUUCGGCCGAAGUUCCAAUAUCGGAUAAAAAUUCUUCCUAUGGGUAGUUAUCCUCGAAUUAUGGACACCAGCAACAAUACUUAUGAACUAUUUGGUCCGGUGAACCUUUUUUGGAGCACGCGUUACGACAAAGCGAUGACGCUGUUUUUGACUUGCUUAAAGGAGUUUGCAGAGUUUGCAAAUUCUAAGGAUAAGGAAAACAACAUACCACCUGAGAAACGUUUCAAGCUGCCGUACAAAGUUGAGAAUGAUAGAGUGGAAAACUAUUCGAUCACACAGAGCUUCAACAAACAGGAGAAUUGGACGAAAGCUCUCAAGUACACACUCUGCAAUUUGAAAUGGGCUCUCUACUGGUUUGUUGGGAAUACCAAUUUCCAGCCUCUGUCUACAACAGUCUCCUCUUCGCAAGCUGAAGUUCCAGCUUUGGGCUCUUUGUACACAAAACGCACUGUUGAUUUCAAAUCUGAAUGCUGAAACACCUCAAACCAUUCACAUAGAUUAACUAACUGUAUACAAUAUACCAACCUGUAAGUAGAUAUAUGGAAUGAUAGUUUUCUCCUUCCCGGUGCUUCUGCCUUUUGUUUGUUCAUAGCCAAUUACUUAUAAAUAUUGUAUCAAGCUUGUUUCUGCGAUAAAUUAGCAACAUUGCUUAUUCUGAAUCUCUUCUCCCUUGUUUUUGGACCAUACAAUAAAGUCAGCUAACGUAGCAGGUAAUUUUUGAAUGAG